GUUUAAUACUCGUAUUCAUAGUCGAACGCCAGCGAAUCGCCGAAAACAACCGCUCGCUGGUAAUGUUUCCGGCGAGCGCCUGCAUGAAGAAAGAAAAUUUUGGUCUUUUCAUAGACAGUCGCCAGCGCAUCGCUGGCGGGCGAAGAGGAUGGCGCAUAUUCAGCGAUUCAAUUUUGUUUACAUUUUUUAUGGUUGUGUUGAAAUAUAUGGGUCUUGAUGUUCCUCUUUUCGUUAUGGUCAUAAUACCUAAUGCAUCGAAAAAUUUCUAAAUAAAAUCAUUUUGUUUUAAUUUUUAUGCAAUUAUGGCAGUUCCUUAUACUCGAGAAGAUAAAGAAGUAUUGGUCCAAAUUAUAAAAAAAUACCAUAUCAUUGAAGAUAAGCGAACAGAUGCAUCAACAAUUAAGAAAAAGAAUGCGGCAUGGGCCAGCGUUACAGACGACUUUAACGCAAGUCGAACUACAGAAAAGCGCACUAGUGUUCAAUUAAAACGUUGUUGGGAUAAAAUUAAAAGAAAACGCAAAGAAGAAUUAGCUGAGGAACGACGUUCGAGAAUGCUUACAGGAGGUGGUGAAUCCAUGCCUGAUAAAAUUUUAAUUCCUGGUGUUGAUGAAGUUGUUCCGCAUUUAACGGAACAUGUGGAAAAUCCUUUUGAUUCAGAUGGCAAAUUUGAAUCAGCAGAAAAAGAUUAUACAAUUCUAGAUAUAUCCGAACCUUCACAUACAAUAACAAAAGACCAGUCAUCAUUACCAGAAGAUAAUAAUGCGCCAUCCACAUCCUCCACCAUCCAGAUAAAAUCUGUUAGCCUAGCUUCACGUGAAAUAGAAGUUCCAACACCUUUAAGCAGCGAUUCUAUUUCUCGUAAAAGGCUAUAUCCGGAUGAGAAAAAAAUAUUACAAAAUAUUACAAAGCAAAAAGAUAAAGUUGUUUUUGCUAAAUCGAGUGGGGACUUGAAUGCUCUUUUUAAGGAGAGGAUUGUUAAUGCCAAAUUAGAAAGACAGCAUUUAAUAGACAUCCACGAAAUAAACAAACAAGAAGCUAUUGAAAAAAGAGAAGAGGCGAAAAUUAGAAGGCAAAUAGCGGAAGUGGAGUUAUCAAUAAAAAGGGAGGAAUUACGUCAACUUUUAUUAAAAAACGAUUAAUUUAUUAUCAAUUUAUUAAUUAAAAAAUUAUUCUAAAUUAUAUUAAGUAAUGCCUAAUUGUUAAUAUGCCAUAUAUUUUAGUAAUAAAGUUAGAUUUGGUUUGUUAAUAGGUUUCAAUAUAGUUAUAUAUGUAUAAUAGCAUAAUAUAAUAAAACUAUUUCAUUCUGUAAAGUGACGCGCAAUCAAUGCACGACGAACUCCAUAACCUUGAGCAUUUCCCCUUACUUGUAAGUUUUCUGGUAUAUUUGGAUCUCUUUCUUCCACCAAAACUUCAUCUAGGUUCUCUCCAAAAUCAAUUCCUAUAUUAUAUAAAACCGCACAAGCCACUACUAUCACGCAAGUAGUUUCUAAUUUAGUUCCU